AUGAUUAAUCGUGGAGAUUACGCAAAGCUUCUCGGGGAGGUGGCCAUCUUCAACUCUGGCCGAGCUGAGGAACAACGCCAAAAAUGUUGUGGAUGUGAUUCACUAAAAUGUCUUGAAAGACUUGUCACUUACACUUUUGAAAUGCACUACUUUGAGAAAUUUCGAUCAGUCAUUGUGGAAAGGAUUAUUGAUAACGAAAAGGAUGGGGGGAAGCAUAUAUCGAGGUUCAGAUGCUGGGUAGUGGGUACAGGGCACCCUUUUCUGGUUGAGAUCCAAAAUGCAUGCCAAGUUUCUCCUGAGAGAGCAGCUGUGGAGGCGAAAUCGAAGUUCGAACUCCAGCACCCCAUUCAUCUUGACCGGAAUAAGAAGCCGGUCGAAACUCCAUUCACGAUUCCGGCGGAGUCUCGCAUCCACCUUUCAUUUUCAGUUUCAAUUUGGUCGAUCGACGAAAACCCUUGGUUGGAGAAGGAACUUGUGACGAGGCUCGACAUAACAUUUCUAGUUAUGCAUGUAAAAGUAAGAAUUCCUAUUGUUCUGCACCCGAUAAUGGUUAUGGGUAUCGUUGUCAUUGCCAGGAAGGUUAUGAAGGAAAUCCAUACCUCUAUGAUGGCUGUAAAGAUAGAUACUGAUGAAUGUCAAGAUACAAGUCGUUUCAAUAUUUGUGAACAUAAAUGCGAGAACACACUGGGGAGUUUUUAG